CGGGACCUCUUCAUGGCGGGUAUAAAAGGUCGCGCUGCCUCCAGUUCAACACAGUAGACCCAGACACACCAGAACCAUGAAGACCCUGAUCGUUAUAGCAUUCUUGGCUGCCAUGUCCUUCGCGGCAUCAAGCGCUGAGCCUUCCCCAGAUGCCGAACCUGGUCACUUCAGGGGAGGUUACGGUGGAGGCUUCGGAGGAGGCUUCGGGGGAGGCUUCGGUGGUUUCAAAGGAGGAUAUCGUGGAAAGAGAAGUGCUGAAGCUGAUCCAGAGGCUCUUGCCGAACCGGGACACUUCAGGGGAGGGUACGGUGGGGGCUUCGGUGGCGGCUUCGGUGGUUUCAGAGGAGGAUAUCGUGGAAAGAGAAGUGCUGAAGCUGAUCCAGAGGCUCUUGCCGAACCCGGACACUUCAGGGGAGGGUACGGUGGCGGCUUCGGUGGCGGCUUUGGCGGUUUCAGAGGAGGAUAUCGUGGAAGGAGGAGUGCUGAAGCUAACCCAGAACCCGUUGCUGACCCAGGUUUCCACGGUCACAGAGGUUUCGGUGGAGGUUUCGGAGGAUUUGGAGGGUUUGGAGGUGGAAAAUAUUAUGGUUGAUUAUUUAAUGACACGUCCGCUAUUUUCCGUUUGACUGCUGCUCUGUAUACCAAGUUUAAUAAUAAAUAAAUAUGAAUAAUGCUAUUAUGAU